AUACCAUAUAGCAUGACUGAUUCAAAGUAUAUAGAUAAAGAUAUUCAAAGUAUAGAUAUAAACCUUUCUCAACCCCCCAGCAUUUAUCUACAAUGCCUUGUACGAGGUUUAAGGUUUUAUUUAGAUCUAACUAAAAGAGUUUAAAGAAUGGAAGCUAUAACAGUCUGCCAGAGACAUGCUGCAUGCAUCGUGGUCUGUCGUGCUCAAUGCAACUAAUCAUUUGCUGUUAUGUGAAUUAUCAUCAGGAAUUAAUAAAACGGAAUGUGGAAACGAUGUCUCAUCAUCAGACAGUUGUCCUACAACUUGCUGUUACAACAGUUUAACAACUCCGAGCUGUUAUUUCCGAGAGAGUGAUUAUGGUCCAAUUCGACAUUCUAAUGGAUUGUGUAUAAACGUGAAGAGCGACCUCGUCACUCUUGUGUGGUCACGGGACUGCACGUCAAGAAAUGCAUUCUUUCUAGUUUCAUACGAUCAUCCACCAUUUCAUCUGGCUUCUGGAAAAUGUGUUUUACCAUCUACGAAAUUCGGUGAUCCCGGAAAUGCUGAUCUGGUCCUUAGUCGCAGCAAACGAUAUUGCAACAUUAAUAUUGUAACAUACCGAUCAACAACAAAUGGCAAUUUGAAAUAUUUCUACCGAAGAAUACCAUAUGAUAUAUGCAUUGGAAGCAAAUCUAUCCCGGAACCUCGUGAAAACGAGAAUGUCUCCGUGCAAAAUUCUGUCUGCAGGACAAACAACGUGUGUAACUUUAGUUACGUGUAUGAAAGAAUGUUCAGGGAAAACGAAAACGCAUCUUUUCAUUGUGAGUCGUGUUCAACUAUCGAGAUUAUUCGGGCAAAUUACGGUGUGAAAAUCGUAGAACGAUAUCCUCUCGCAAUUUCCUCAAGUGAUGCCAGCUGUGUUGCAACCACAACGACCAGAGUGGUGAAAGGGAAGUGUGAUGGAAGAGAGAGAUGUUCCUUUGUUGUCAAACAGAAUGAUUUUUUGCAAACACCUUGUCAGAAAAGCACAAUCUUACUCGUUCGUUACACUUGUAAAUGGAAGAUUCCAGCUGCUCCGUCCGUGCUAAACGUCACAGUCGAAGGUAGAAAUGUCCUGCUCAUAGUCUGGUCGAACGAUAACAAUAAUGGCAAGUGGAUAAAGUUUAAGGUAUCAUGGAAGAAAGUUGGAGAAACUUUAGUGCUAUCUGUUGAUCAAAGCGACAAGGAACGUGCAGCAAGCAUAAGGCUGACCGGACUACAGGAGGCAACAGCAUAUGAAAUAACAGUAGCUCGAUACAGCGAUGAUGGGAAAACUGUUGGUAGAAAAAGACGCAAAAUUGCCAUCACCCGUUCAGCCGCACUUAAAAAUACUGGAAAGAAAUCUACAACAUCCUUUGAAAUUCAAUUCGGGACACUUCAAAAAGACGACAAAUACAUCCAAAUUGUUGUAGUCAAAACCAACAGAAAACCAACCAAACAUCCUGGAAACGACCUUCAACCAUACGAUAAAAACACUGUCAAUACUAAGCCAUAUAUAGCUGCUGAGCUUGAGAAAACCUUCGUGAAUAAAAAUAGUCUUUUUACUGUUGGUGAUGGUAAAUCAUACUCUAAAGCUGCUAGGACAAGAAGAGAUAUUUCGUUUAAGAAUGCCAGAUUAGAACUAGACACAGGUUACUCUGUUUUUCAAAGGACGUUUAAAAAUGCGGAUUUGUACUACGAUUCAGAUUGGAUGGAUGUUGUUACAACAGAUAAAGUACUUAUUACAAAACGAUCCUCGACUCAACCCCCCACAGCGGCGAUGAUAAACACUGAAAAAAGUACAAACACAGAUAAUGAAAAUUAUAACAAAUCUUGCAAAGCAUCUUGCAGCAAAAUGGAUGGUGGAACAGAAUGGUAUUUAUACAUCGUAACAUUCGUAUCGGGCGCUUUCGUUGGAGUUGUUUUUUCGGGUAUUGUUGGGCUGUUUUUUUAUCGUCGUUUAAAGAAUAAAAUAUCAGCCAAACCUCUACAAGAGACAAAGCCUGAAUCACGGUCAGAAAGGAAUCCAGUUUAUGAAGACCUGAAUUUAAAUGAAAUGAAUUCAGGGGACGAUAAUUACCAAUCUUUACAGGGAAACUCUGACAGCCAGGAAGUGUCAGGUGAAAAUGCAGACAGUGCGUACACUGAACUAAAUACAAUCAGAGAAGAAGACAACAAGUAUGAAAGUUUAAAAUAAACAAAGAACUAGAAUAAGUCAUAUUUUGUAGCAAGCAUUUAUUAAUUAAUAUUUAAUAUACAUAUGU